AGUGAUGGCCAGGAAAAAUUAAUGGGAAAACCCAACUUUUAGGUCAGCAUGCGCAAUAGCAAAUGGAAAAUGCAGCGUCUGAGCUGACAGCUCUCCGUGCCCUUAGGGAUAGCGAUGUGGUAGCCGGAAUUCAUUUCUAAAGAGACUGCAGCAAGCCAACCAGGACUGCAAGCAGCUGGAUCCCAGGAUGAGGGGCCCAGCAGGCUUCCUUCUCUGCUCACUGCUGCUGGUGGCCCUCCAUUGCACAGAGGGGGCUGCUGACGAGCUCCAGCCCGACCCCAAAACACCAUGUGCCAACUGGAUGGGAGGAGCACCCGGCUACCCCGGCCACAACGGGCUCCCUGGCCGGGAUGGGAAAGACGGAAGAGACGGACUAAAGGGAGAGAAAGGAGAGGAAGGUAUGCAAGGUCCUAAAGGUGACCCAGGUGCAAUAGGAAUCCCAGGGCUGGAAGGGCCAAGAGGAUUUCCCGGAUACCCUGGGCAGAAAGGGGAGAAGGGUGAAGCUGCCUUCGUCCACCGCUCUGCUUUCAGCGUGGGGCUGACAGAGCGAGCCCCCCACCCCAAUGUCCCCAUCCGCUUCAGCAAGAUCUUCUACAACGAGCAGAGCCACUACGAUGCCAGCACCGGCAAGUUCCUCUGCAACAUCCCCGGCACGUACUACUUCGCCUACCACCUGACGGUCUACCUGACGGACGUCAAGGUCAGCCUCUACAAGAAGGACAAGGCAGUGAUCUUCACCUAUGACCAGUUCCAGAAAAACAAUGUUGACCAAGCUAGUGGCUCCGUCUUGCUGCACCUCAACACUGGGGACGAGGUCUGGCUUCAGGUGUACGGGGAGGGGGAUAACAAUGGUGUCUACGCCGACAACAUCAAUGAUUCUACAUUCAUGGGCUUUCUCCUGUACCCAGACCAGGAUGUCCAUUAAAACAGGGGGUGCUGCAUGGGAAAGGAUGAGGUGGCUUAACCCCAGACGGCGUCCUGGGGCACUGGCGCUAUAGCUAUACUGUAUUUACCAGAAAAUGCCCUUUUGUGGGGGCAAUGAUUGCCAAGGGUGGACCCUAUCUCCUGUGAAAUCAGUGAGGUUACACAUGAGUGACUUCCACCGGACCAAGAGUUCACUCCUACCUCUGCUCUUGCUCUCCGUGUGGAAACCUGGGCCCAAAGUCAAACACCGCUCCUGCCAUAUCACGAAAGAGUAGCUCUCAAGGUGGCCUAACCUUUUUCCGAGUUUACAAGUGAUAAGAGAAAAAACGGUUACAUUUAAAUACCACAUUCUAAAUUUCUUUUUUUUUAACCAACUAAAUCCAUUUAAACCAAUGGUACGCAUUUUAGACAGCAUUUUAAAAUUUGAGUAGGAGAGAAAGAAGGCUACUCACAAAAGCCAUCUCUGCUCUUCUCAGCUGAAACAGAUGGCUCCAUAUUUUCCAUCUUAACUCCUUGUCUUGCUAGGGCCUUUGACUUCCACCCAUGGUUUCUUGUCUCCCUUCUUUAGCCCAGAUCUUUGAAUAUAUUCAGAUUAUUAACUUUCAUUGAUUUUAAUCCAUUGAUUUUCCUUUUAUGUUUAUCCCCAUCAUUAUCUCUAAUGUAGAGAGCAUGUUAGUUCAGGGCAGGGAUCUUCUCCUUUGAUUUAUCUGAAAAGUCUUAUGAAUGCCAGUGAGGCCACACAACAAAAGCAGCCUCUUGACCACGGGGAUUUGUGGGUCCCAAGGUGAUGACAGAUAUAUUGGCUGCACAGUUGUGAUGCUCAGAAAUGUCAGCAGCUCCCCUGCAGAAGGGGAGCAGAAGGUCCCUCAAAGCUGGUGGCCAGAGGGGACAUUGGGGUGGAGGUGCACCUUCCCAAAUCACUCACCCGGUGCUGGAAGUAAUGGCACAAGUACUUGUUUAGCCCAGAGGCCACCAGCAUGGGGCACACUAACAGCAUCUUACAGUUUCCAUCUGCAAGCUGGCAGGAUCCUGUCCCAUCUCCCCUCUGAACAGCUCCCAAGUGCAGUCAGAAGUUGAGAUUCAGCAACUGUGUUUCUACUUUUCCACACCAUAAGUGCCAUAAGCAAUGGUUUGCACACCAGCUGGGCAGAGCUUCAGAUGGUGGUGCAACCUCCCAUGUGGAACGGGCUCCUGGGACAAACACCCCUGGGACCUGCCCCAGCUCUCGGCAGGGCUGCCUUAAUGGGAGAAGAGCAUUAAGGGUGGAAUUAGUAGCAAUCCCAUCAAACUGCUCUCCAAGGAGCUUGCUUGACUUUUAGCUAAGAGGGUCUGAUGGUCUCUCAGAUACAUUCAAAGAAGACUCCCAUUAAGCUUCAGAACAAGCUAACACAGAUCAGAGCUAAUGCAUUAUUACAAGCACAAAACAGCACUAAGAGCUUCAACUGAAAUUACUUCCAGCAGCGGCAUUUUCUAUGCUCCAGUGAAUUACCACAUUACAAAUAAUAACAAUAAAAAACUCUCUCAAUGAGAAUGCUCCCACAUUUUUGUGUGCAUCUUUGGGUAGGAAUUAAAGAAAGGGAUAUUCUCCUAGCCUCUCCAGGCAGCCCAGGAAAUUUCUUUUUUUUUUUUUUUUCCAGAACGGUGGGGGCAUCCUGAGCUGGCGAGCACAUACAUACACCCCUUUUGCUUUCCCAAGAAACUCCCCACCCUCUGUUUCAUCAAGGCUUCAGCAUCUCACCACCUCACAUGGUAUUGCCUCCUUUUCACAUUAAGAUGAGCUCUGGUUUCCAGACUGUUUCCCCAAAACCACUGUGCCUGAAUCCACCCUGCCUGGCCAGCCAGAGAGAGGGCCACCACUGGCCCGCGAGGCUUCAAGCAUAUUAGAUUUAGCAAGGGCUAAAUUGAUGCUCAGUCUGAUCAUGCUGAAAUCAGAGAGCUGGGAAAAACCCUGCUCCUAUUGUGUGAAUUAAUGUGAAGAGAACAAGGAAACAAAAAAAAAAAAAAGCAGCCAAAAAAAUAAUCCAUGAACAAAAGGAGAUUUAAAAAUGAAGCAGUUGCUGGAUCAAAUGGCAUAAGAA